ACGGAGUUCCCAAAUCAAGCACCGGAAAGCUCUUCCCAGAGAAAAAUGGGAAGAGGGAAAAUUGAGAUCAAGCGAAUAGAGAACACAACCAACAGACAAGUCACUUUUUGUAAGCGCAGAAAUGGUUUGCUCAAGAAAGCUUAUGAGUUGUCUGUUUUGUGCGAUGCUGAAGUUGCUCUUAUUGUCUUCUCCAGCCGUGGACGCCUCUAUGAGUACGCUAACAACAGCGUUAGAGGUACAAUUGAAAGGUACAAGAAAGCAUGUGCUGAUUCUUCAAACACAGGAUCUGUUGUCGAGGCCAAUGUUCAGUUUUACCAGCAAGAAGCUUCCAAACUGAGAAGACAGAUCCGGGAACUGCAGAACUCAAACAGGCAUAUAGUGGGUGAAGCUCUAAGUUCUAUGAGCUUAAAGGACCUCAAGAGCCUUGAAACAAGAUUGGAGAAAGGAAUCAGCAGAAUCAGAUCCAAGAAGAAUGAAAUGCUUUUUGCCGAAAUCGAGAUUAUGCAGAAGAGGGAGAUAGAGUUGCAAAGCCAUAACAACUAUCUGAGGGCAAAGAUAAAUGAACAUGAGAGGAUACAGCAGCAACAGGAGCAGCAGCAACAGCAAAUGAGCUUGAUGCCGACCGGAACUGAAUGCGAGUCCGUUCCUGCUUCGCAGUCGACUUAUGAUCGGAACUUUCUCCCUGUAAGCCUCAUGAACGCCAAUCACCAUUACUCUCGUCAAGACCAGACAGCUUGUCGACUUGUUUGAAUUGCAGGAACCAGAAGGAAGGCGAUUUGGUUUUCUGGUUUUUAUUAUCUAUAUAUAUGCACUUCUAAAUUGUAGCUUUAUGUAUAGACGAUGUAAACAACUAUUUUGUGCGUUUCCCACUAUGUUGAAGGCGACUAAUUUUCUCAUGGCCAAACUCUUAAACUAUUUGUUAGCUCAGCAGCAUGCAUCGAACUUUAUUAUGCACUCAUGUUAUUAGAAAACAUAAAUAAGUACUUGAUUAU